GCACCGGUCGGAAGUAGUGCCAUUGUCAAAAAACGGAAGUGCCGGCCGUCGCUGGUCCAGCUCGAGUAAAAUUACUGCUGCAGUCGUGGUUCCGACACGCUCGCUGGCAGGUGGCACAAUCUCGGAUCGUGUGGACAGCGAUGGACGUCCGCGGACUCGCAGCCGAUUGCAAGCGACCUGUUUGAGUAAAACUGAGCAUUCGCAAUCGGUCACCCAGCAUGGCCGUCACGUCACUUGUUUGUGGAGCAUGCGUGUUCGGCUGCAUGAAAGGAUGCCGCGAAUGCCGGGUCUGUUUCGGCAGAAACAACUCACUGGAGGAGAGCGUGGAAAAAUCACUGGAGCCGACACUGUGGCCGCGUUUGCGACUGGAGUGCGCCGGGCUCAACUUCAAGCGACCCCAACUAGCACGUCUCAAUUUGCGAUUCGCCUCGCUCAUUUCAGCCGUUGACGUGCCAGAAGCCGGCGGUGACUUUCAAACCUACCAAAAUUUCCAAUGCCCAGAGGGUGACUCGGGGGUGGAGCGGGCGCGGGCGGCGGUCGAGCAGGCCACAGAGCGCUUGUUGCAGCGACUUUUGUGCACGGUGGCCGACCUCGACUCGCGAUUCGCCACCAAGUUCCUCGCAACUUUGGCUUCCAAGGCGGAACGUGCCGAGCAUCGACCGUGGCCCGGACGUCGCUUUCACUACAUGAUAAGGCUUGACUCACUGUCGUGGCCACCGCUGUACCCGGCCCCUGAAGCUGAUAGCGACUUCGACAAUGGCGAGACGGAAGAAGUCGCCUCAAGCACGGCCUUCUUCGACGAGGGUGAGGCAGGCGUGCUGCCCCCGGGCUGGCUCAGGGUCAAACCUGCGCAGGGAGCGGCCCAACAGGCCUGGGCAGAGUUCCUCACCCCCUCCGGCUGCCUCCGAAGGGAUCGCGUCGUGGAGCGGUUCGCAAUGCUUUUGAGCCAGGCGGCCGGGACGAACACCAACGACAGCGAGACAGACGAGUCGCGAGUAUGCGGCAGCCCGGGUAAAGUUCUGGACGCGGCGCUUUUGCAGCAGCUCCUCUGCCAAAUCCAACCGCAGCACCAGCUCUUCUACGGUCCCAGUGAAGCACAGCGGUGCCGGCCGCCUGACCCACGAGACUUCCAGCUGGCCGUGGUGCACGAAAAUGGUGCAGGGCCAGUGACCCUGCACAUCGGCUUUCUUGCCCCUUCCCUCCAACUCGCAUUCCCACCUGAUGCACGCAACAUAGUCAAAGUGCACCUGCACGUGGGGGUGGCCCUGUCAGGGUGGCCCCUAGGCCCUUCCACCUUCCCCUCGCGACUGCCUCUGCACCAUCCACUUGCCUUACUCGCCUACCAGUCAACGCAAAAUGGCUACUUCGCAGUGGCCGCGCCGCCGCCGCCUAACUUGCGAUGCGAGGAGCGCCGCUCUGCCUGGGCAGCCGCCUUCCCCACGCUCGAACUCGAGCUGGACGAGCACUUUUGCGCCUCGUCCACGCCCCGCAGGACGCUCAAUGUCCUCAGGCACUUGGUCUCCAGAAUGAAGAAAGAGGCCAACGACGACGACGACUCAGUCAGUGAAAGUCUGACCACCGUGGACGACUACACGCUGCGCACUCUUGUGUGGCAGCAGUUAGAGCGGUGGACAAGCGUGAAUGCGUGGGAGCCGGCGUCACUGGCGGCGCACGUACUUCUCGCCCUGGACUCGCUGCUGGCAGCGCUCAAGGCGCGCCAUGUGUCGCACUUGGUCCUGCCAGACUGCAACAUCCUGUGCCAGACGCCUCUCGACGCCUCCCUCGUCGCAAAAUACGGCGAUCACGAAGAGGCGUGCGACGCCGCCAUGGUGGAGGACACGCAGCUGGUGAUGGACUGCCUCCUGCGGCUAUACCAGGCCGGCACCUCCACUUCGCCGCUGCCUCAGGGCGUGUCCUGGGACGGCGAGGAAGAGGAACGCAGGGCUGCUGCCCUCGAAGCGGCCCUGCUCAGGCGCUGGGGCAACGCCCUCAAUACCGUGUCCCCGCUGCCACCGGAAAUGCUGACAUCGUCUCUAACGCGAUUCGAAAAAAUCAGCAAAUUUUGCUGCGGACGGGACACUGGCGAUCCACCCACGCCAGAACAAUUUUCAUCCAGACAACUAGAUUACUUGGCUAAGUUGAUGCUCGAGUUCCUGCGCUUCACAAAGUGCUGUUACGCGCCGCAGUACAAAGAGGGCAACGAGGCUGCCGUCGAUGUUGGUUCCCUGCGCUGCUCCAGCGGCUCUGAGGAGACCGAGGAUUUCCUCUUCCUACUGCAGGCGGUCAUAAAUCAAGCGCUCGGAUCUGCGGCGCACACGACUAACAGCAAACAGGUCAAACGACGCUGCAGACAGAAUACGCGCAGAGCGCAGACUGAUAAACAACAGUUGUGGCAGGAAGUGGUGUGCGACUCAGUGCGUCGUGAGCCUUUGGCCAUCGGCGUUUUGCAGAAUGAGAUGGCUUUGGUUCGAUUGUUGCUAAAGUGGCUAUUCAAAGCCACCGAGCUGGCGCCUCGUGCCCUCAAAAGACGUCUGGCUAAUUUCCUGACGCAAUUGUGGGCCACCAGCAGAGAGGCGGUGUGGUAUCUGCCAGAGUGGAAGAAGCACAGACAAGAGGCGCAAGAUGAGCUCAAUGCCAUGGCUGCCUUUUGCACCAUGCUGCUAAACUCGCAGGAUGACAGAGGAAAGCAGGAAGGCUGGACAGGUGUUGCCGUGCUGAAAGACGCCGCUGAGAAGGGUUGGUCUUGGGCUAAAUCAGCUCAAAGUGAGCUGGUGCGAUCAGGCUGCCUGCAGUUUGUGCUGGCGCCUGCUAAAGGGGUGGUCCGCAGGUGCGACGUCGCUUUGGCCAUCCAGCCUUCGCCUAGAGACACCAGCCCAACGCAGGUGUCAAAGCAGGUCAGCCGCAGCCGCACUUUACCAGCAAAAGGAUCCAGACCGACAAACAUUUCGCAAGAUGAACUCACUCUACGCCUUGGCCACAGAAGAGGCUCUAGUGGACACUGCGGUUCACUAAUUCCAGCGCAUCAGCGAUUGAAGGACGGAAGUCCAAUGACGGUUGCUCUGGACAACCGGCGCCGACAUGGACAACAAUUCGCUCUUUCCAGCCUUGUGCAUGCCUUCAUUGCCAUGCACAAAAUUUCAGUUCUUCAAGAUGUCGCUUCGCUGUUGCCUCCCCAUGAGCGACAGCCAGUGUUGGACGCGUUGCAAAAAUUAUCCAGAGCUCGCCGUCAAACUAGAAAACACUCAAGCUUCGAGUCUGACGGCAAAUUCACUUUAAAGAAUCCAGAAUUCCCACUUCUAGAAUUAGUUGGGAUAAAGAGCAAUGAAUCAGCAGGGGGCAGAAUUGAGUCUACAAACAUGGCUUGCAACAUUUUGAGCACAUGUCGGAACGCCAGAAACCUGCAACGAAGACACAGUCUGUACUCUACCCUCGGGGCCGGUCUCAUUUACUCCACCUCACCAGCCAGCGUCCGUCGGCGGCACGCCAAAGACUCUUCAAGACAUGGAAUCGCCCUACUGCAGUUUGCCAACAACGGUGAACUCACUCUCCACAGUCGCAACACUGGACUCGACUCCAGUCAAAUGUUUUAAAUUUGCCCAAUAAUAUGUUAUAAUUUGGAUAUUUUGUCCAUAAUGUAAUACUACAAUGUGUACAUAAAAAUAAUAUGUAACAAUUUUGAGGGAAAUAGAGCGUAAAAUUUAAAACGUAUUUUUGUUAGUUUAUUAAAUCUAAAGUUAGAUGCACUGAAUGACCAAACAAAAUAAUAUCUUGGUGACAUAAAGUGACAAAUAAAUAAUUAUUACCCAUUGCACCUGUGAUAAAUAGCAGAAUAGUAAUAUUUAUUUAAAAAAAAUGUUUUACGUAAUAAUGGAAUCACAUAUAUAUUUAUAGUUGUUAACUAAUUUAUUUUAGACUCUGCCGUCUUUUAUAGUACUAUUAGUAUUAUAUGCCUGAACUUAGCUGGAAUUUGAUGUCAUUUUGAAAGUAAGGAAUCAAUAAAAAUUAAGAUUCAAUUGAUUGAAUUAUUUAACGUAUGAAAACCUCAAGCACAA